AUAUCUAUGUGGAUAACUAAUAAAGAAAGGACAUGUCUAUGUCCAUAUAUAUGUAUGUAGCAACUAACUCAAUCAUGUUAGGCAUAUUGAUACAUAGCUCUUGAAAUGGUUCCGAUUGAGGGUGAAAGUUUGUUUAGUUCCUCCAUGAGAGGGCAAUGGAGAGAAGUCUUAGAAGCCUAUGAGAAAAACCCUGCAGCAUUGGAAGCAAAGCUCACAAAAGCAGAAGACACAGUGCUACACAUUGCUGUGUAUGUAGGCCAAACCAGCUUUGUGGAGACACUGCUAGACAACAUAAGCCAAGACAUGUGUUGGAACAUCCUGAGAAUGCAAAACUCAAAGGGAAACACACCCCUUCAUGUAGCAGCACAGCUUGGGAAUGUUGACCUCUGCAACAACAUAGCAAAGAGAGACCCUACUGUCAUUUCUCUUCGCAACUUGGAAGGCGAGACGCCUCUCUUCUUGGCAGCUCUUCACGGCAAAAGUGAUGCAUUUUUCUGUCUCCAUGGCCACCAACAAAACCAAGAUGAUGACUCACUUUCCAGAAAGAGCAAUGGGGAUACUGUUCUUCACUCUGCCAUAUCCAGUGAAUACUUUGGUUUGGCACUUCAAAUAAUUGUGCGGUACCCAAACCUUGUGAAUUCUGCAAAUCAGGAUGGUUUAUCACCUCUACAUAUUCUUGCUAGGAAGCCUAAUUGUUUCAAAAGCUGCACUCGAAUGGAGUUACUUGAUCGUAUCAUCUACUAUUGUUCAAUUGUUGAUGAGCACAGGGAUGAAACGGAUGACCAACAUCACAACAAAGAAGACACAGAAACUAAGAACUAUCCAAUGAACUAUGCAACAUGCGUGACAUCCUUAUCUUUGUUGAAGAGUGCAUUUGAAAUUACAACAACUGGUAAAGAUACAAAAGCUGCAAGUAAUGAUGAAGAGAAUUAUGUCUCACCAAAAUCAGAACAAGAGCAAGCAAAUAAACAAAAGAGACAUUAUCUGUUCCCUCCCAAUUGGGAAGUCAUAAUUCAAGGCCUAGCCCUCACAAUGAAGGCUUUGCUAAUCAUUUUUGGUGUUGGAGCAUCUUGGAUUGAGAAAAUCCGACGAAAGAAGUUGAAACAUCUGCACGCUAAGCAAGUGAUGAAUGAAAUGAUUCAGCGCGCUUCUUUGUACAAGUAUGAUUGUGCGGGAAUGAUCAACCCUGGAGCUGAAGAAAAUGGUGAUGGCAGAGGAAACAUCAUCAAAAGUAGUAAUAAUACAUAUGAAGAAAAAGCCUUUGAGAAAAGGAUAGAAGAUUCACCAAUUUUAAUUGCAGCAAAAAUGGGAGUGGCUGAAAUGGUUGAAAAGAUCUUAGAUACAUACCCUGUGAGCAUCCAUGAUGUGGAUUCAGAGAACAAGAAUGUUGUUCUUUUGGCCAUAGAGAAUAGGCAGCCUCGUGUUUACAAACUGCUAAACAGAAACAGUUUAAUCAAGGAGAGUGCAUUUCGUCAUGUGGAUAAUCAAGGUAACAGUGCAUUGCACCUUGCUGGAACAUAUAGCAACCUCAAGCCUUGGCGUGUUCCAGGUGCUGCAAUGCAAAUGCAAUGGGAAUACAAGUGGUAUAAGCUUGUUAAGAAUUCCAUGCCACCGAAUUUCUAUGAACGUUACAAUAAGGAUGGGAAAACAGCAAAACAGGUCUUCUUAGAGACACAUGGACUACUUGCAAAAGAAGGUAGUAAAUGGCUAACCAGAACCUCAGAAUCAUGCUCAGUGGUUGCAGCACUUGUUGCAUCUGUUGCAUUUUCAACCUCAACUGAUAUACCAGGAGGUCCUGAUCAAAACACUGGCAAGCCAUUAUUUUUAGGGAGACCUGCUUUCAACAUCUUUACCAUAGCUUCUCUUGUUGCACUCUGCUCCUCUGUGACCUCCCUAGUUUUGUUUCUCUCAAUACUGACGUCGCGGUUCCAAGCAAGGGAUUUUGUUGUAGAUUUACCAAGAAAGCUUCUUCUGGGACUGACUUCACUCUUGACUUCUAUAGCAGCUGUGUUGGUCUCAUUCUGCGCAGCGCAUUACUUCACAGUUGAAGGCGGGUUGAAAUAUGCAGUUUUUCCCAUAUAUGCUGUUACAUGUUUGCCUGUGUCAUUCUUUGCACUGGUGCAACUCCCUCUUUACUUUGAUCUUAUGUUGGCUAUGUUUCGGAAUGUUCCUCAGCGCAGCUAUAAGGUGUCCUCUCAUUAGGUGCUUCAUCAAAUAAUUUACUAUCUGCUAACACUUUCGGGCUGUACAUUUCUCAGUGUAAGGAUUUUAUAUUUUGUUAUAUGCAAUUAUUAUGAGCGAUAUAGCCGCUUUUAUAUUAUUUUGAUAGGUGUCCACACCUUUGGAGGCAAGACUAAUCUCAUUCGGAAAACUGUGAUGAUCAUUCUUAACAGAUAACUUUAUUAGGGCUGAAACUUGUGUUUUCAUUCUUACGGACGUCUAGCUUGCCUACCAUUAAACAAAAACAAUGUUGGUGUAUAGCAGCUCUUAUGAGGCAAUUAUUUUAUUGCCGUAAGGAUGAUU